ACCGCAGCGAGCACAGAGAAGACGCCCUUAGCAACAACACAGUGCUCCGUCGAAUAAGAUAGUCCUGCCGCAGAGAAGACGGAUUAAACACUGCUGCUUUAUUGUACUGACUGCAGGCGAAGGUCUUUUUACACAGGGAUGUCCCCCGCUGUUAUUUCUGUGGUUAACAUGGGGCAUUACUGGCACGAGUUCAGCUAGCGAGCUAGCCUACUUUGGCUAGCCAACACGGCAAGACAAGUGAAGCGGCACCAAGCUGUCCCAAAGGAGGACAAAAUCUUGGGGGUUCUUCUGGAGCCAAGCAACAGCUAACGAGUGGUAGCAUCGCUGUUUGCUACAAAGCCAGUUCACCGGGAUAAGCACGGGGAUGGUGCUCUGGAUCGACACCCUCUAUCGACAGAGAAAGGCGAGGGGCACACGGGGCAGACCACCAAGCUGUAAUUUUUGGACUCAAACUAUUUUUAACAGAGGGAGCUGCGCUCAGGCGGACGACUGUUUUUGUUGCUGUGCGAGCUAGCUGGCUAGCUAGCUUAGGGAGACGACCCCCACCGCCUGCUGAACUUUUUCAAACUGCAGCAAAGACUCAUGUUAGCCAGGACGAGUGUGAAAGCACAUUGAGUACACAUCUCGUCUCGGAGGAACAAGAAUUGGUAACUAGGUGGCAAGAAAAAAAGUUAAAUCAUCGAGUUGAAUCUAAAGUUUAACUCAAUGGUCACUUGGACUCCUUUUGUUAGCAUUACUACGGCGAAAUAUAAAUGCUGUUAGCUAAGUUAGCUAGUUAACGCUAAUUAUAGCCCAUUGUUUUUCUACCUUCUUGUUGUGGACAUCUUUUUAUAUAUAUUUUUCACUUCGGAUGCUGGCAUCAAACCUAAAUUACAAUCAUGAUGAUAAUAAGCAGAAAACCAGAGGGCCCAAUAGCAACAGCACGCCACGGUGACGGUCUGUACGAUUCAUACAUGAGAACAGACCACAUCCUAAAAGACGAAGCAGAUACAAACAGUCCCUCUGGGCUACCCCCCAUGCCCAAACACACAGUGGUCAGUAACAAGGGUGUUAUGAGGGAUCAGGUAGCUGUGCGAGGUGGUCAGCUGAAGGUCAAGUACCUAUAUGAAGACUCCACUUACAAUCGCAAGAUCAAUGCUGUUACCACAACAACCACUCAGAACAGUGGGACCACUGGUCAGGCACCUGGUAAACCUGCCCCAGUCUCCGGCCUGUCCAAGGAGCGCAGUGUGGACAGCACGGGCUCCAGUAAGGGCUCCAGUGAAUCGUCUGGCUCACAGGGAAAUGGAAAUGGAAAUGGAGGGACCGGUACAGGCAGUGGCAAGCUGUGUGGCCCCCUCACUCCUGAGCAGGCUCUUAGACAAUAUCGUUCCCAAUUGACUGCCCUGGAGCAGACGGAGAUCCACUCCUACCCAGACAUCUACUUCCUAGGACCCAAUGCCAAGAAGAGGCCCGGUGUUGCUGGGGGCAACAACAACUGUGGCUAUGAUGACGACCAAGGAGGCUACAUCCACAUCCCCCAUGACCACCUGGCCUACCGCUAUGAGUUCCUCAAGGUAAUUGGUAAAGGUAGCUUUGGCCAGGUCGCCAAGGUGUACGACCACAAACUGCAGCAGCACCUGGCCCUGAAGAUGGUGCGCAAUGAGAAGCGCUUCCACAGGCAGGCGCAGGAGGAAAUCCGCAUCCUGGAGCACUUGCGCAAGCAGGAUCGCAAUGGAACCAUGAACGUGGUGCACAUGCUUGAGAACUUCACCUUCCGCAACCACAUAUGUAUGACCUUUGAGCUGCUGAGCAUGAACCUGUAUGAGCUGAUCAAGCGAAACAAGUUCCAGGGCUUCAGCCUACCGCUGGUCAGGAAGUUUGCCCACUCCAUCCUCCAGUGUCUGGAGGCGCUGAGCAGGCACAGAAUCAUCCACUGUGACCUCAAGCCAGAAAAUAUCCUGCUCAAACAGCAGGGACGCAGUGGUAUUAAGGUGAUUGACUUUGGCUCAAGCUGUUUUGAGCAUCAGCGGGUGUACACCUAUAUCCAGUCUCGUUUCUACCGGGCUCCAGAAGUGAUCCUUGGCUCACGCUACGGCCUACCCAUCGACAUGUGGAGCUUUGGCUGCAUUCUGGCUGAGUUGCUGACAGGCUAUCCCCUGUUCCCCGGGGAGGACGAGGGUGAUCAGCUGGCCUGUGUCAUGGAGCUGCUGGGCAUGCCUCCACAGAAGGUUCUGGAACAAGCUAAACGGGCCAAGAACUUCAUCAACUCCAAGGGUCACCCUCGCUACUGCGGAGCCAACACCCUGCCCACGGGGGCCACUGUGCUGACAGGGUCCCGCUCCCGCCGUGGUAAGAUGAGAGGCCCUCCAGGUAGCAAGGAGUGGAGCGUUGCACUCAAAGGCUGCGAGGACCCCACCUUUACUGACUUCAUAAAGAAGUGUCUGGACUGGGACCCGUCAUCUCGCCUCACCCCUAGCCAAGCCCUCAGGCACCCCUGGCUGUAUCGUCGGCUGCCCAAGCCCCUGCCAGGCUCUGAGAAGAGCCAGGGAGGCACGGUGAAGAGGCUCCCGGAGCACCACAGCACCUCCUUCCCUUCUAUCAUGACCAAGGGGGGACCUGGUUUAGGCACCACAGCCACCAGUAAUAAACUGAGGAGCAAUGUCUUGGGAGACUCAGGGGAGACUAUACCUCUCCGCACAGUCCUACCCAAACUUGUUUCCUAGAGAGAGAGAGAGAGAGAGACCAUUUUUUCUCCUUUCUCCCUCCACUUCCUCCCCUCUCCACUCCUCAGGAGGGGUAGAAGCACAGACAGGAGUGGAGCCUAGGUUUUAAAACUCGUUUGGUUGUUCUUUUAUUUGUUUUAUACUGAGUGGUGUCGACACCCCAGGUCCUGGUUUUUAAUAUUAGCUGAACUGACAAUAAAAGAGACGAUAAAACACUCUGAAGUUUUUAUACAGCAGUUUCCCUUAGUGGCUGUUUGAUUUCUGUCUACAGCUGUUGAUAAGGAAUGAUUUAGACAUUGCUUUUUAAAAACUCUUUGUGUGAGUGGAUAGCUCUGUACAUGAGCAAAUGUUUUUACCUGUGAGUGUUUGGGUUACAGACACUCAAGCACACCUGCACUGUCACUUGCCUCUUUCUUACACACUCUCUCUUAACACUCAUAUUUCACCACCCUUCUCGGGGCAGUGUAUAUCUUUUAUGAGUGAAACUUGAAAAGGGCUACAGAGAUGACUCAUGUAUCAGGUAGCAGAGAUCUGUUCACGCACCUUGAUUCAUAGAGAAUGAAUCAUACUCUAGGUUUAGGCCCUGCACACACAGACAUAAUUAUCCCUCAUACAUACAACAUACAUGCCUUUACACAGAUUAUGAGGGAUUGGCAUUGUGAUGUGAGUGAUUAGGAAAUUAAUUGUUAGCAAUAAAUUAAGCCUGCACUUCCUCAUUUUUUUUUUUCCAAUUUUGUGCAGUUUUCCCUACCUUUCCUGACUUCUGGUGCUUGCAUGUUAGCUCAGUAUGUGGCAUUGGUGUGUGUGGUUUAGCUAUGUGAUGCUACUGUGCCAGUCAGAGAGAGUGUGAGAUAACCUAUUAUAACCCCUCCACCCCACCCUACCCCACCCCUACAUCUGAGUGACAAAGGGGGGAAGGGAGGACAGCUCUACUCUAACUCUGUCACAGAGGUGUCACCAUCACUCUCGGUGCUUCACAAUGUAGUUUAUGUGAGGCUGGCUCGUCAUGUCAAUAACACAUAAUGUAACACACAAAUCUGCACAGCAGUGCACACAAACACACCUAUGGGGUAAUUGCAAGGAAAGGUGGUGCUGGAAAGUGAGAGGUAAAUUGCGAAGACAUGCCGCCUUUCAUUGUCUGUAAUUGGCUGCUAUGAUGUUGGCAAUGGUUGCUUUAAAACUACUGGAGAUGAAGUGCAAGGCUAGAAAGAUCAUGAGUUAAUAUGAAGGGCAGUAUGAGUCUGUUAUGAGCCAGGAUUUUUGUGAUUGUGUGUGAGGUGGGUAGGGGGUAAAGGAGUUGGUAGGACAGGCCAGUGACAUAGGUAGAGCUUGAGAUUUUUUUUUAUGGUACUGAAGAAAGUUGUUUCUCAGGGAGACAUACUUGAUACAUUACCCUUACAUUAGCUGUCUUCUGUCCUGACUGCAGAUGAACAUGCAUUCUGCUCUGCCCACUGAGGCCGAGAGAAUGCAUAUAUGAGUGUCUGCGAAGGGGGUCUGCAUGCUCCUCAAUCUGACCUAGAUUCUCACUCCUCCCCCGCCCGUUCUUUCUCUCUCGUUUUCUCACUGUGUCUCAUGUAGGGCCGUGAAUCUCUUAAAAACACAUUGUGAAUUAUGGUGCUGCCCAACCGCACACACACACAGACACGCUAGGUGCAUGUUGUAUGGACCACACCACUCAGAGUUCAGGGUAAAACCUCAACCCACCCCUCUGUUCUUUCUCUUGUCCCUCUUGUUCUAUAAGUGAAACUGUCAGGGAUUUCUACUCUGUCUCCAUUUUUUUUUUAUAUAGAAGUGGGUUCUAUUGCUAUUCGCUCCAGAAGAUCCGAAGAUGUAAAUGCAGAAGCUGAAAAAGAGAAAGUUGUAUGCUGUCAUGUUGUACUAGUGUGAGUUAGUAGGAGGGUGUUUGGUGUUCCAGCAUGAGAUUACAACCUGUUAUACUGACUGAGUGACUAUGAGAAGAGAAACUGUACAGUAACCAAAUAAACUUGUGAUAGUUUCUUUUUCUAAAGAAAAUAAAAAUGAUUAUCAAUUGAA